UUGUCGAGCUGCAGGGGGACGGGAGGGAGGGAGGGGAGUGAGGCGGGGGUUGGGUGCGUCGGUUAUGACUCGGAGGGAGAGGCCGUCGCUUGGAAACGCGACCCCGCGGAUCCGUGGCCUACAGCCCGGGGCUGGGCCUCGGCCGCCUCUUCACUCCCACCUCGCGGCCUGCACCCCGUCGUCAGGCCUCGGCCUCGAUUGGCUCAGCCUCCCAUGUCCUUGUGAACGCUUUCCCGGGGACGGGCAGCAUCGAGAGCCGCGCUUUCUGAGGCCUGGGCUCAACAGGAACAGAAUUUCGAAAGAUCACAGGGGAGCCGGUGUGCUGAACUUUGACCUACGGCUGAUAUCUGUAGGUCUGCCCUCGACUGCCAGCUGAGAUUUGUAAACCCAGGCCGACUGCCCCAUGUAGUCUAUCGAUUGCCCCCCGCCGAAUUGUGGCACGUGUGUUGGGGCAGGGUAAGGGGACAAUCCUAGGCCUGAGUGAAUCCGUCCAGGAGGCAUUGGCAGAGACCCGAGGGAAUGAGCGACUUCUGGUUGUGUUUUGGCUGCUCGGAGGUUGAGAAGGCCCAGCCAAAAAAACGGAAACGUAUCGACAGGAGUAUGAUUGGAGAGCCCAUGAACUUCGUGCACUUGACGCACGUCGGGUCAGGAGACAUGUCAAGCCAAGGCUUCUCGAUGCCAGGGUCGGUACAAGAGCGGAUGAAAUCCAAAAGUGGUUUGGUUGCCAAUUCUACUACGGAUUCAAGACAGAAUGUAGCAAACAGCCAGUUUUCUUCACAGUGAGCACCUCUUUCAGCAAGUGAUGGGCAGGCAACAAAACCACACUUGAACUCCCUUGAUUACCAAAAAAAAUGGGUCUGCUCUUUACAAAAAAAGCCACUUCACAUGGUUUGGACUAACUUAUACAUAUAUACUCACACACACGUGGGUCUCCUCUGAUUCCUCCUUUUACAUUUUCUGUCCUGCUCGAGAACUCUAUGUGGACGGUUCCUCGUGUGCGUUCCUCCUAAAAGAACACAAGCUCUCUGCAAAUAUUCCUGAGGUGGAAGAACAAAGGGCUGCCUGUCUCUCUGAAAUCUCCGCUGAAGUGUUUUUUUAAAAAUCUGCUGUUUUGCUCAGUUCAGCUCAGUCUGCAGGUCACGUCCCCUUGGUUUGCAGUGCAAGUUAUUGCUCUGUCUGUCUCUGUGCGUGCAUGUGCGUGUGCUUGGUGGGUGGGGGGGGAAGGUGUUUGUGUAGAGUGCAGGGGACAAGUUUCUUUCAUUUAAUCUUUUGGCUUUCUGAGUGGAAAAACUCCACCUAACAUAUCAAUUUGAACAAGAAAUGUGGUGAGAUGGGGGCAGGUACUUGAGGCUGGUGGUAACUGGAGAGAUGCUGGACUUCAGCUUGUAGGAAUAAUCUUCAUUUGCUGACGGUCAGAUUGUAAUCCUGGUUUGAAAAAUGAACCUUCUGCCUGUCUGUAGAAGUGCAAGUCCCCAUGACACAAAGUUGGGAGGGUCUCACUCCAAGUGUGAGGCGCCAUCUCUGCAAGUGAGCUGAUCUCAACUGUAGGACUGGCAGUAAGUUUCUAGUGGAGCUAAAUUAUUUCCUUUCGAUUUUUUUUUUUUUUCUCUGAAAUUUUGGUUAUCUGAGAGAACAUCUUCUUUUUCUCUGCUUGACCCGCAUCAUGGCUUGGAAGCUGACAUGGCAGCGCAGAUUUUGGAGAGAGGUGAUGCAACACCAUUUUUCUGUAUAUAGCACUGUUGACCAGAUGUCCCAAAGAUUUGAUUUGUUGUACAUCAUGGAGCAUUAGUUGAGGAUAGCCUCCCUUGCAACUCAAGAGGGUAAACUGCACUGCCAUGGGGAAGACAGAUCCACAUAGUCCAGGUUAUCCCCAGCGCAAAUGUUAGGCUCAAUAUGGUUAAACCCAAAGGCCCAACUGUAAUGCACACUGGAUCAGGCAGGACGCAAAGCAGCCAUCUUCUGAUUGCUCUCCGAGAAGCAGAAGUGAGGGACCGAGUUUUGAAGUUGCUGCCUGACUACUGCCAUCGUCGAAAGCACUGUCAUGACCUCUUGAGUUGUGUGAGGACAAAUUGCCUUACUGACAAGGAGUGCCCGCAUAUGAGAUUAUUGUAGGGCAACACUUCCUCCAAACCAUUCUGGUAAAAUGGAGAGAAUUAAGACUUUCUUUAUCACAUGGCCAGUUCCCCUUCCCCCUGCAAGCCACAGCUCAUGGCUUACCUAGUUGGUAUAUCAACCUAGCCCGAAGUCACUGGCAAUUUCCACAUAAUUGUGUUAAUUCCCCCACAGCCCUCAACAGCAUUCUAUGCUGCAAUGUUCAACUGAGUCUUAUUGUCAAGAAAGAUAUCAGUGGGGGGGUGGGGCCUCCAAUCCAUGGGUGUAGUCCAACCUUCAAUACUUCCAUUGUAACCUGCUGCUCCAGAGAUGGGAAAUAUUAUUUUAGCCGGGAGGGUGGGUAGCUGGUGGUGUUUUUUAAGAAGUAAUAUUUUUCAGCGAAUAUCUUGAUCUUGAAUAAAUCUUUGAAACGCU